AUGUCCCACCGCUCCCAGCUCUCCUCCCUCGAAGCCCAGCUCUCCACCGCAACACACGAACUCGAGCUCGCCACCUUUCUCAACAAGGGCAUCCUCCAAACCAACACUGAAUACAAGCUCCGGAUUGGCGAACUCGAAUCUGAGAAUGCCAUUCUGCGUACUGCUGAGGGGAAACUUGGUGAUAUGGAGGAUUUCUUGGAAGAACGGGAGAAGGAGAUGGAGGAUUUGAGGGCGGAGGUCGAGAGGGGCGAGGAGCAGAGAGAACGUAUGGAGGCUGAUGUGGGGCAGGCUAUAGAGAGGAGAGAGACGGCGGAGAAGGAGAGGGAUGAAGCUGUCAGGGAGCUGGAUGGGGAGAGACGUGGAAGAGAGUACUGGGAAAGACGUUAUGCCGAGCUCGCAGUUCUGACGGACCAGUACUGCACGCAAAUCAGGAAAGCAAGAGGGGAGUACGCAGAGCUGGAUGUUUUCGGCUCGAGAGGGGCUCUCCCCUCUGUCCCUUCUUCUCUGCCGAAAGAGAGGGGAAAGAAACAUAUACCUGCUGCGAAUGGUGCAAUAUCAAGCAGCUCAAAGAAACCUCGUCAACCAAACACCACAUCAUCCUCGGCUUCUCGGCCCUCAGGAUCAAAGUCCACCCAUCCCCCUGUAGCGAGCUCAGAGUCGCCUCAAUAUCAUUCCCUUCAGAAUACGUCCUCCCCUCCAAAGCGGCCGGUGAGAGAGGCGGUCAAGAAGCGAAGGAGGAUAGCGGAGAGUGAUGACGAGUAUGAGGAAGAGCAGGCGGAGGAGUAUAUUCCUAGUCUUCCUAGGGGUGUCAAGCAAGAGCCUGUUGACCAGCAGACUCCAUCUCGCCAAGUCCAGCCUCCAGCCCAACGCGUCCCCUUCUCUUCCAAAUCCACCAAAUCCCGAAACAAUCCCACAUACAGCGAUCCUAGAAAACGAACAGCGGAGGAGAUUCUAGGUCCUGCUGCAAAGAUCAAGGUGAAGAAGGAGCCUGUCAGCCAGAGGUAUGAGUCGACGGAGGAGGACACUGAUGACGAUCCACUAUAA